AUGGAAGAGUCUCGUCUGUCUCCCCUAACAGAUCAGGGUCUCGGUGGUCUAGCACCUACGGACUCGGUCAGACCAAAACAGAACGUGAACGCAUCUCACGCCGACAAUAUGUGGCUGGAUGCUUGCAAAGCCGUUGUGCUCUGCGAGCUUACAACUUUUGAAAAGUAUCUUCGCUCGGUUGACGAUUUAGAUCGGCGGCUUACAAAACGCCCUGGUUACAAGCUACUUGAUAUUGCCCGAGCCUACAGGCGCGCCAACUUCGUCGAUAUUCUCAUGAGAGAACGCGAAUGCGUGGAAUUAGACUGCUCGGUGGAUCCUGACCCGAUCAGCAUCCAGUCCUGUUUUCCAUUCAACUCUUCGAUUGCAGCUGCCGCCGCUGCUACCGCUGGUUCCUUCGAAUCCCCUCCUCCCUCACCGCGCGUCGUUGAUUUUCCAGCUCAC